CUCGCCCUGGACGCCAUGGCUGCCUUCGCAGGGCUUUCCGCUGCUCAUGCGAUUCUCCUGGCUACUCACUGGUGUGCCACUGCAAAUCUCUCUCAUCUCCCGCUACUCCAAGCUCGAUUUCCUGCAUGCCUGCCCUCUGAGCGACUCUUGCGCAUCAUCUUGACCUUCCUCCCCGAGAGCACCGCGCCGCAGCGCUACACGUCCGUUGUCCAGGAUAUUGUGGACGGCGGUUCAAAUCAGUUGGAUACGGAGGAGGCCGAUAUCUCUUCCGUCAAAGAUCUGACCGAGGCCGUUGCGAGGAAACGAGUACGGAAACUCCGUCUACUGCCACUCCGGUGUCCCGACGAUGAAGACGGUCAGGAUUCGGAGGACCUCUUAGCCCAAUUCCUCAUUCAUCGAGCAUACCGGAUAGACGGCGAAACUUCCCUUCAACCCUUGAUUCUCGAUCUUCUCCUGCCGUUUUACGAACGCUCCCCGUCGGUGCGAACCUGGCUCAUCUCGACCCUCCUCCCGCUGCUGCGAUUAAACUACGAAUAUUACCCCAGCCAGGACGAGACUUUUUCGCUGGACACACUGGAGUCUAUGGAUGAUCAUACGGCAAUUAACGUUCUUCUUUCGAUGACUGGUGCGGAACGAAACGUCAUGGACCUGGUUAAUAAUUUGCGGGGCUUAGUUGGUUCGUGGAUGUAUGGAAGCAAUCGGUCCAAACGGCGAAGGCUCAGCCAAGCGGCGCAACAGAACUCGAUUUCAUCCCCCCCGGGUGAGACCCAGCCACUCACGAGGAACGGUGUCGGGUGGCACUAUGUCAAUGAGUGGUUGGUCUCGCGGAGUUUGGUGGAUCUCGAAAGUGUUGUGCGCGCCUUUUCCAACUGGGGUGGACCCGAAGAUGUGGACUUGGGAGGAUAUGAUGAAGGCAACGGACAGUUACAGAAGGACGAGGUAACGGACUUGAGAAUCCGCUAUGCUCAGUCUGGACUUGCCGUCAUUUACGCGAAUGGCGACAUCAGCGGGCCUUCCCUGGAGGGAUCCAGUGAGGUCCUCGCUCGCGUUUCGAGGCUACUGGACUACGAAGACACAUCAUUUCUCACGUCAAACACAUCGGCGCUUCCGUCGAUCACAUUCGAGGCAAACCGUAUCUCAUCGUCAUCGAGAGUGUCUUUGCUGCAGAAUGCCUUGCUUCUAGCCUCCAACCCGCUAACAUACCCUUCCGCCUCCUCGGUUUCAUUCCUGGGUGCUACACUUCUAUCUCUUCGGAUUUUGAAUGAGCUCGGGUAUCCUAUUCCAUGCAGGGCGGCUGCAAACAUUUGUCUUCACAGCCAUGAGGAUAUGCAACUGCUAGAAUUGCGGAACGUAAUGGCAUCUGCUGUUAGGCAGACUCAAUCUGGUCGGGACUGGAGGAAGACCCGCCAGCAGUUACUCUGGCUUCGAGAUUGGGGGGCUGAUUCCAUGGGCCAAGCAGAGGACCAUCCAAAUUGUCACGGGCUCUUUUGGAGAGUUCCGCGGCAUAUUGUCGAGACAGAGGUUUUAAAAGCAAUGCUGGAUGCGAAAGAAUACAACUUGGCCGUCGAGCUUUACGUCACGUCAAGUUCCACCGUAAACCUUUCUCAAGUGGAGGAGGCUGUGAAGGAGGCUAUCUUUUCGGCAUACGAUAACGCAAGCAAUGGAAAUCGAACACGAGGCGGCAUGAGAAAGGCGCACGAAAUUCUACAAGCAUUCCAACCACACAUGCCCGAUUCCACCUCUUUCAAAAAGAUCCACGCUCUCAUCUCCGCGACGCAUUCUCUGUCGUUCUACUCUCUAACUCUGCAGCACGGAGUCCCGUUCCAACCCGUCAGCAUCCGCGUUCACUCAGACCCUCUCUCCCUGAUCGAAAAGGUCCUCGAUCAGAACUCCAAAGCCUACACCAAAUUGGACGACCUUCUCAGCAUCGGUCGAAACCUCGUUGCGGCCGGGUUUUCGCCUCACUUGCCCGACGACGAAGGCACCAUCCCAGCUGAUUCGGAAAAUGCUGUCGUGACCGCCGAACGGCGCAUUAUGUCCCUGGCCAUCUCUUCGGCUCUCUCGGACGACGACUUCGGCACCGCCUAUUCAUACAUUCUCACCCGGCUCACUCCUCCCUCCCUUAUAUCCACGUCAUCCCCGCUUACCAACCCAGCCGUGAAAGACGAUAUCUCGUGGCGUGCCGUCUAUAAUGCCGGACGUUACCGCUCGCAGACAGCAUCCGCUAGUCCCAAUCUCCAAUUCCAAAUUACCCGGCUGUCUCAACGCAUGGAGCUUCUCUCUUUAGCUCUGAUCCUCGUGCCGUCACCCGACCCACUACCGGAGGUUCUAGGCGCCUGGAGACGAUGCGACGAGGAGAUGACGGGGCUGCGCACGCGCGAGUCCGAAGAGGAAGAAAUCUGGGAUACCAAGGGCGACCGUAUUUCCAUGGUGCCGGGCGGUUUUGGCCCCACCGACAGCGAGCAGGACGCCUUUGAAACGCAACAGCAUCACGCUCGACGCGCCCGGGCCCAACAACAGCAGAGUCGCCUCAAUCUUGAGGAAGCCCCGAUGGGUCUAUUCGAAGUCGCCCGCGGCGCCGCCCUUGCCCUUCACAAAAAUGCAUUUCCCCUGCGCGGGGCCGCAGAAACAGAUGCCGACGCAGAUCCCCCGUCUGACCCGCUGCAUCACUCGGCGUCUCAUGUGCGUGGACCUAGCGACGACGAGCGAGUCCGCAAGCGCGACGUCGUCAGUAAUAUGGUUACGGGCGGAUUGGCCAGCGGCAUUGGAUGGGUCCUCGGUGCUCAGCCAGUAAAUCGUUAAUCGUUUUUUUUGUCUAUUAUUUCUGACGAGAGUUAUGACUUGGUGGUUCGGUGGGCUUUUCUUUUGUUGCCACAAAACCGCGUUGAUAUCAUGUGACGAUGCAUUGCAGGCGUAUAACAUUAAUCUCAUUCCAAAUCCAGUACAUAAAUUCAAUAUCUUGAGUACGC